UGUUAACUACUCAAACGACGCAUGUUAAAACUUAUGACCGGUGUUCUAUAUGUAUUGUCUAUUGUCUAUUUAUCCAGGUCUCUUGUCGUCGAGUAACUGUAGCAAAGAAACACGUUUAACAGCCAGACUUCUAAAAAACACCAGUGUACUUAAUUCUUUAGCGAGAGACGGUGACUUCUAAAAGCUAUCAUGGAUUCAACUAGGGUCGACGAUCAGCUAAAGGAGCAGGAACUGGUAUCCAAAGGCGAGCCCGAGAAAUACGUCUACAAGCGGCAGAUCGUAUGGUUCAAUCUCAUCGGAUUUUUAGUGCUGCAUUUGGUCGCAGUCUACGGAUUUUACCUAUUCAUAACAUCAUGCAUGUUACUAACCGCGUGGUGGACGAUGGCUAUAGGAGUUCUAUCCGCUCUAGCCGUGACAAUUGGAGCACAUAGACUUUACACGCACAAGACAUUCAAGGCCAACAAGUGGAUAAGAUUCGUUUUGGUCUUUGGACAAACGGUAGCGGGACAGAACUGUAUGUAUAUUUGGGUUCGGGAUCACAGACAGCAUCACAAGUACAGCGACACUGAUGGUGAUCCACACAAUGCUUCUCGAGGAUUCUUCUUCUCGCACAUAGGAUGGCUCAUGGUGAGAAAGCAUAGGGACGUAAUCGCCAAAGGCAAAGAUAUCGACAUGUCCGACAUCGAAGCCGAUCCGCUUGUCAUGUUCCAGAAAAAGUACUACAAGACUCUGUUCACUCUCUUGGCCAUACUCUUACCCGCAUUAAUACCUACCGUCUGGGGAGAGACCUUUUGGAACGGUUUCUUCGUGUGUUUUGUAUUCCGUCAGGUUUUAGUGCUCAACUUAACGUGGUUGGUCAACAGCGCUGCGCACUUGUACGGCAACAAGCCGUUCUCCAAGGACAUCUAUCCCGUAGAGAACAUUUACGUGUCCAUGUUCGGUCUGGGCGAGGGAUGGCACAACUAUCAUCAUACAUUCCCGUGGGACUACCGAGCGUCUGAGUUCGGCCAGUACUUCAACUUGAGCACCAUUCUGAUUGACUAUUUCGCCGACCAGGGCUGGGUUUGGGACAGGAAGAGCGCCACACAGGCCAUGGUGCUGAACAGGGUGACCAAACGGGGCGACGGCACGCACUACAAGUAUGGAGAGCAAAAGGAGUUGGAAGAUAUGCCGGACGAUCAUUACGAAGAGCUAUUUUGGUUGCAAGAGCGUUUAGAGAAAGCUCAAAAGGGCUGAAGGUGUCAUGCAUUUAUCGACACUGACGAUUUCAACAAUUUUGUUAAUGUACAUAUAUUAAAAAAAAAAAAAAAUUAGUUCUAGAGAUUAAACUAAUUAUUGCAUCAGUGUGUCCAACUAUGAAACGAUACCGUUUUUUAUUCGUUAUAAUAUGAUUCCGUUAAUAAAAAAAAAAUAUUAAUUUAUCACUAAUGUAA